AUGGCGGAUAAGGAGGAGAAGCCUGUGGGAGAGGAGGACGAUGAGACAGCGAACUACACUCCACCAGCCCAGAAGAGCCUGCAGGAGAUACAGGAACUAGACAAGGAUGAUGAGAGUCUCAGGAAAUACAAACAGACUCUACUAGGAGCUGGACCAGUGGUGGCAGACCUGACCAUUCCCAAUGUCCAGGUCACCAGACUGACCCUGAUGUGUGACCAAGCACCUGGCCCCAUCACCAUGGACCUCUCAGGUGACCCGGAGGCCCUGAAGAAGAAGAGUUUCACCAUGAAGGAAGGAGUGGACUACAGAGUGAAGAUACACUUCAAGGUUAACAGGGAUAUUGUGUCUGGGCUGAAGUACGUCCAUCUGACCUACAGGAAAGGAAUCAGAGUGGACAAGGCGGUGUACAUGGUGGGCAGCUACGGGCCGCGGGUGGAGGAGCACGAGUUCAUGACCCCGGUGGAGGAGGCGCCCAAAGGCAUGAUUGUCAGAGGCAGCUACCACAUCAAGUCCCACUUCACCGACGACGACAAGACCGACCACCUCUCCUGGGAGUGGAACCUGGGGAUCAAGAAGGACUGGGAUGAAUAGAGAGGAGCCUCAUUUCUCUCUCCCUCCUUCCCUCUCCCUGUGUCUCCACCUCUCCCUUCCUUCCUUCCUUCCUUCUCUCUCCCGUCUCCCCCACUUUCAUCCCUCCUUCCUCCAUCAAGAAGGACUGGGAUGGAUAGAGACCUCAUCCUCUCCAUGCUUCCCUCUCCCCUUGUCUCCCCUCUCCCUCCUUCUCUCCCUCUUCAUUUAGAAGGACUGGGAUGGAUAGAGACCUCAUCCCUCUCCCCAUGCAUCCCUCUCCCCAUGUCUCCCCUCUCCCUCCUUCUCUCCCUCUUUAUUUAGAAGGACUGUCUCUCCCUCUUUCUUCCUCCCCCCUCCUCUCCCUCCAAGGCCCACCUGUAUAAUAGUAAAAGACAGAGGCCGGUAUGAAAGGUGUAAACAGGAAGUUAGGUUAGGCACGGUCUAGAGACAGAGAGGAUGUUGUCAAAAACCAAACCAGUAUACAUCAUAGUAGACAACUGAACAUCGUGGGCUACAAACCAAAAUGGCCCCCUAUUCCCUAUAUAGUGCACUACCCGCAGGGCUCUGGAUAAAAGUAGUGCACUAUGUAGGGAAUAGGGGGCCAUUUUGGGAGGCAGGAGGUAUGUUAGAAUGUUUGACAACAGCGUGUCUCAUGCUCCUCAAGAAGUUACCAUCUUCUAAGUCCUACAUCUAUAAUGACCAUCUUCUAAGUUAUAGUUCUAGAAUGACCAUCUUCUAAGUCCUACAUCUAUAAUGACCAUCUUCUAAGUUAUAGUUAUAGAAUGACCAUCUUCUAAGUUAUAGUUCUAGAAUGACCAUCUUCUAAGUUAUAGUUCUAGAAUGACCAUCUUCUAAGUUAUAGUUCUAUAAUGACCAUCUUCUAAGUUCUAGAUCUAGAAUGACCAUCUUCUAAGUCCUACAUCUAGAAUGACCAUCUUCUAAGUUCUAGAUCUAGAAUGACCAUCUUCUAAGUCCUACAUCUAUAAUGACCAUCUUCUAAGUUAUAGUUCUAGAAUGACCAUCUUCUAAGUCCUACAUCUAUAAUGACCAUCUUCUAAGUUAUAGUUCUAGAAUGACCAUCUUCUAAGUCCUACAUCUAGAAUGACCAUCUUCUAAGUUCUAGAUCUAUAAUGACCAUCUUCUAAGUCCUACAUCUAGAAUGACCAUCUUCUAAGUCCUACAUCUAGAAUGACCAUCUUCUAAGUCCGACAUCUAUAAUGACCAUCUUCUAAGUUAUAGUUCUAGAAUAACCAUCUUCUAAGUCCUACAUCUAUAAUGACCAUCUUCUAAGUUAUAGUUCUAGAAUGACCAUCUUCUAAGUUAUAGUUCUAUAAUGACCAUCUUCUAAGUCCUACAUCUAGAAUGACCAUCUUCUAAGUUCUAGAUCUAUAAUGACCAUCUUCUAAGUCCUACAUCUAGAAUGACCAUCUUCUAAGUCCUACAUCUAGAAUGACCAUCUUCUAAGUCCUACAUCUAGAAUGACCAUCUUCUAAGUCCUACAUCUAGAAUGACCAUCUUCUAAGUCCGACAUCUAGAAUGACCAUCUUCUAAGUCCGACAUCUAGAAUGACCAUCUUCUAAGUCCUACAUCUAGAAUGACCAUCUUCUAAGUCCUACAUCUAGAAUGACCAUCUUCUAAGUCCUACAUCUAGAAUGACCAUCUUCUAAGUCCGACAUCUAGAAUGACCAUCUUCUAAGUCCUACAUCUAGAAUCUCAUUUCUGUUACUGUGUCUUUCAGUUGCCUCCUGUCUCUGUUAUACUUGACACACCUGAGCUGUUAUUGGAUUCAUGUAAAACAACAUGGUUUCACUCUGUCUGGAGGAGCGUUACCAUGGUAACAUAUCAACAGACAACUGUUGUUUUCUCAGGUUUGUCCGCUAUAAUUUCUCUAUUUUUCCAAUGCUGCUUGAAUGUCAAUACCCCAAAAUGUCUGCCUCUUUGCCUAUUGAGAGAGUUGCUCUUUAAAAGAUAACGUCAUUCACCAUGUAUCAACCAUCUUCCAUUAAACAUCAUGUAAACAUCC